AUGGCCGACAAGUCCAGAAUUGCAGAACUCCAAGCCCGCGUCGCCACCCGCGAUGCCCACAUCCGCGAGUCAUGGAUCCGCGCCAUGGAGGCCCGCAUCGUCCGCGACCAGGUGCAGGAGUGCUACCGCAUAGAGGGCGUCAACCACUAUGAAUCCUGCCGUGAUCUCUCUGACAAGUAUAUCACGCUGCUCCGGGAGAACAGGGUCAAGGGUUACAAGCAGGUCGAUGCAUGA